GCUGACACGGCCCGCUCAAAAAGCGAACAGGUGUUUUCACAUCAGCCGGAGUUUAGUCAUAUCCCAGUUUUAAUUCGACUGUGGUGUGUGUUCUCUAGGUCCUAUCUUGGACCAGUUGCAUAUACACGCUGUGUGAGUGAGGAUGUGUUCAUGUGAUCGUGUUCACUAAUCCGAUACCAGCUCGCCGCAACAGUGUAACAAAUAUUCUUGACAGUGGAUUAUUUUAACCCUGUUUUAGACAACAACAACACGUCAAUAUAUUUUUAAAAAUCGAACCAAGUUUGGACAACGUGUUGAAUUUUGGUAUUGUUCAUUAAAUUUUAAUUACUAAUAUUUUAAUUGUGACUUACAUUGCUUUAUUUUCAAGCUAAAAUUCUCAGAUUCAAGCUAGUGAAAUAUUGGAGACAUUUCUGUUUCACAUUUUCAAUUUGUGCGUGGAAACCAAUACUAUGAUGUUCGAAUCGUGAUGGAGGUCUCAAGCGAAUUUGACCGUGAGUUGAGUUCGGGUAGUGGCUACAGCGUGAUUCGCUCUUCGAACUGAUGCUUCCUGGAUUACCUUUCGGUAAUGGUUAUCCUGGUCGAACCGUCGUCGUGUGAUCGCCCCACGCGCCGUACUCACCCCAGAAACUCCAUCACCAGCAGCAUCACCAGCCUCAGCAACAUCACCAGCCUCAGCAACAUCGAGCCCAGGGACAACAAGCUGGCGAACAAACUCAACAGCCAAAUGCCCGAAGCAGGAGACGUCAGCGUCCUGGCCCCCACCCCACUUCACCACACCAACGCCAAACUCAGCACCUGGAACGCCCGCCGCCACCUCAAGCUCAACCUGAACCUCGCCCAGUGUCACCACACCGGCGGGGUGUCCUACAACGCCGCCAACCUGUCCGGCCGUGUCGUCACGUCCGGCAACACCGUCAACCGGCCGUCGCGGCUGAUUGUGGAAGAAACCCACAUGACCUCCAAGAAAUCUAAACUUGACUUUUGCACCCUGCCCUUCUCGACCCCGGCGUCGUCACUUCCGGGUAACCCUAACCACCUGCACAUCAACCUCCAGAACCAACAGCUGAACCGUGGGAGCUCCUCCCCGACCGGAAACUCCAUCCACCCGUCCGACGUCGUCCAUUACACCCAGACCUUCUCCUCGUCCUCCUCCUACUCCUACUCGUGCAGCACCAACUCCAACCCUCCGAGCAACAACUACCAGAAGUCUAACAACACGGCCACCUCCCCCACCACCGCGUUCAUCAACAACACCCGUAUGUCCCCCUUGUCCAGUCCGGUGGUCAACAGCUGUGGCUGCGGCAUCGUCUGUAGCGCCAUCUCGGCCUGCACCCCGCCCUCGCUCUCCAACUCGUCCCCGAAAGCCAAGUUAAAAUCCAUGACCCCCGAGCACCUGGCCGUGGCCGUCAACACCUCCAGACCUGUCCUCCUCAUCGACGUCCGUUCCUCCAACUCCUACCACCGCAACCACAUCCAGGGCGCCGUCAACCUCUGCUGCACCGACCGCUUCAACCGGCGGCGCAUCCAGAUGGGUAAAAGUUCUGUGUUUGACAUUCUGGGCAUGAAAGAGUCCACGGCCUCGCCCUCCACCAAGCGGAAGUCCUCGUGCUCGUCCAGCAUGGAUAUCGUGGUCUACGACGACCACACCUGCCUGCAGGAUUUUGCUGAGGCGUCACAGAGCCAGGACACCGCCCUCUGUACGGUGCUGACGUCACUGCUGAGGGACGGCAACGACGUCCAUCUGUUGGACGGCGGCUUCAAGAGCUUCAGCAUCGAGCAUGAGGCGCUGUGCCGCUCCAGCUGCCGCAGCAUGGAGAUCCACAAGCCGCUGCUCUACAGCCCCACCAACGGCGUCCAGGAGCCGGAGAUCGAAUCCGCCACAGCCUCACAAGUUUUGCCAUUCCUUUAUCUCGGGAACGAGCGUGACGCCAAAGACUUAUCACGACUGCGGAGCCUGAACAUCAGCUAUGUCCUGAACGUGACGUCACACGUGCCCCAGUAUUACGAUGAGCAAGGGAUUCGAUACAAGCGAAUACCGGCAUCUGACAACGCACAGCAGAACCUGAAACAGUAUUUUGAGGAGGCAAUCGAAUAUAUCGAUGACGCCCGACAGAACAACGCCAAGGUGUUGAUCCACUGCCACGCUGGUGUCUCGCGCUCCGCCACCAUCACCAUCGCAUACCUCCUCAAGCACACCCGCAUGGCCAUGGCCGACGCCUACAAGUUCGUCAAGGGUAAAAGGGCCAUCAUCUCGCCCAACUUCAACUUCAUGGGCCAACUACUGGAGUUCGAGCAGGAUCUCAACGACGGCGUCUCGCCCAGGAUCCUCCAGCCCAGGCUUCAGGGUAUCGAGAGCAGCGUCUGACCCCCCGGGGGG